AAGGUGAAAUUGAGGUUCCAACGGGCGGAAAGAGGCGGCGCUAUCCUGUGACCGCGACCGUGAAAGUGUUUAAUGAAGACUUGGUGGAGUUUUUCCACGUGGAUGAUGUUCAUUUGACAGUGCUUUCUCUACUCACAAACUGCAGCACUGCUUCCAGCUCACCGCUUUGUCCCUUCUUCCUCCCAAUUUAUGCUCCAUAUCUCCACCUCCUCAUCAUCAUAUCUCCCAUUCCCUUCAUACAUUUCCAAUCCAUAACAUUCAGGAUUACAACGAAGAAGAAGAAGAAGAAUUAGAAGAAGAAGAAGAAGCCAACCCCAGCUUCUUCCAUGGCGCCUCCUCCCCCUCUCUGUUUCUUCUACAUUCUCCUCCUCUCCUCUGUUUCCGCCAUUGCCGACACCAACCCCAUCACCCUCCCUCUCUCCUCCUUCCCCCACCAUUCUUCUUCAGAUCCACUCCAAACUCUCAAUUUCCUCGCCUCUGCUUCCCAAAACAGAGCCCAUCAAAUCAAAGCCCCCAAAUCCAAAUCCAACUCUGUCUCCAAGUCCCCUCUCUCCCCCCACAGCUAUGGAGCUUACUCUACUCCACUUAGCUUCGGUACCCCAUCCCAGACUCUGCAUUUGAUCUUCGAUACAGGUAGUAGUCUCGUUUGGCUCCCUUGCACUUCCAAAUAUCUCUGUUCCGAGUGUUCUUUCCCCAAAAUAGAUCCCGCCCGAAUCCCCAGAUUUAUCCCCAAAUUGUCUUCCUCUUCCAAGCUUGUCGGUUGCCAGAAUCCCAAAUGUGCCUGGAUUUUUGGCCCCGAUGUCAAAUCUCAGUGCCGGAGUUGUAACCCCAAAACAGAGAACUGUACCCAAACCUGCCCAGCUUAUGUUGUUCAAUACGGUUCCGGUUCCACGGCGGGGCUUUUGCUAUCGGAAACGCUUGAUUUUCCCAAUAAGAAAAUCACCAAUUUUGUUGUUGGGUGCUCGUUUUUGUCGAUCCACCAGCCCAGUGGGAUCGCCGGAUUCGGCCGAGGAUCCGAAUCGCUCCCCUCGCAAAUGGGUCUCAAGAAAUUUGCCUACUGCCUCGCGUCUCGAAAAUUCGACGACUCCCCUCAUGCCGGCGAGCUGAUUCUAGAUUCCAGCGGAGCCAAGACCAGCGGUCUCACCUACACGCCGUUCCGACAGAACCCCUCCGUUUCUAACCACGCUUACAAAGAAUACUAUUACUUAACCAUACGCAAAAUCUUCGUUGGAAACAAGGCCGUGAAGGUGCCGUACAAGUAUCUGGUGCCCGGCCCCGACGGAAACGGUGGAUCUAUCAUCGAUUCCGGCUCCACCUUCACGUUUAUGGACAAACCGGUGUUCGAGGCGGUGGCGCAAGAAAUCGAGAAGCAGUUGGCGAACCGGACGAGAGCCACGGAUGUAGAAUCUCUCACGGGAUUACGGCCGUGUUUCGACAUUUCGAAGGACAAAUCCGUGGAGUUUCCGGAGUUGACUUUCCAUUUAAAAGGCGGAGCGAAAUGGGCUCCGCCGUUGAGUAACUAUUUCGCUUUAGUCAGUAGCUCCGGCGUGGCGUGUUUGACAGUUGUGACACAUAAGGCGGCGGAAAGCGGAGGUGGGCCGUCUAUAAUUCUUGGGGCUUUUCAGCAGCAGAAUUUCUAUGUCGAGUAUGAUUUGGUGAACCAAAAAAUAGGGUUUCGACAACAGACUUGCAGUUAGAAACGGUGUCGUUUCGGUAUGUACGUAUGUAUUGUUUUCAAACUUUCUUAUUUGGUUGGUCGGCGGCAGGUCGAGUCAGCAGUCGGAACUACGAUGGUGGCUUCAACUUGUCAGCGGCGGCGUUCAGAAGAAUUCAAAAUCAAUUUUUUUCUUCAGAUUAUUGUAAUAAUAAUUAUUGGAUGGCAGUGUUGUAGUCAGUAAUGAUUAUAUAUAUUAAAAUUAAGCUCA